CUCCCGAAGGCAUACAUAAGUGCAAACCCCACACAAAACUUCACAAUCGAGAAUGAUGGAGAUGUUUGAGACCAAUCCUUUUUACUAUCACGAUCAGCGAUAUCUGGUGAGUGAAAGUAUGGGCUUUCCGCACUUGGACGGGGCUGAGGUGUCCCCCCUUUACCCGGGAAGCGAGGAUGGCCUGUCCCCAGUUGGAGACGCGAGUCAGGCGGAGCCGAGCUGUGACAGUGGCGGAGAGGAACAUGUCUACGCUCCGCCCGGCCUGAAGUCGCACUGCCCGGGCCAGUGCCUGAUCUGGGCUUGUAAAGCGUGCAAAAGGAAGUCAGCCACCACCGACAGGAGGAAGGCGGCAACUCUCCGGGAGAGGAGGAGGCUCAAGAAAAUCAACGAGGCUUUCGAAGCGUUAAAGCGCAGGACGGUGCCAAACCCUAACCAGAGGUUACCAAAAGUGGAGAUCCUGCGCAGUGCCAUCCACUACAUUGAGAAACUCCAGGACCUGCUACAUAGCUUUGACCAGCAGGAUAAACUGCAGGAGAACGUGGACCCGAUCAACGGCUGCAAAAGCUCCCAUUCAAUGGUAUCAACUCCAGGCUGCUGGGGAACUAACAGCUGUCCUUCCGAAUGGGGGAAUCUCUCUGAUCAUUCGAAUAUCCCAAAUAAACUCCACAAAGAGGGGAAUAGUUCGGAAUCAUCAGGCACCAGCAGUCUUCAUUAUCUGAGCUCGAUAGUCGACAGUAUUUCGACGGAGGAGGCCACUACGCUCUAUACCCAAGACACAAAUGCGAAGUAAUCUGAUUUAUUACCAACCAUUGGCUUGAGUUAGAUUUAUAUAAUUGUGAUGACGUCGGUUCGCCAUAGCUGUACUUUUGCCGACCGAAUAACUUGUUUUGCCGUGUUGUACCUACACUUCGAUAUUGUUUGAAAGUGUCGAUUUUUAGAUUUAAAGUAUCAUUCCCUUCAGAUAAGGAAAAGGCCAAACAUGUUAAACGAAUUA